AUGUUAGCCUCUGAAUGUCUCUACAGGUACGACUGGCACAAAAACCUGACCUUCUUCACGGAAAACGUCGUCAAUAAUUGCCCGGGCUACAACGUCCAAAUGCCGGAGUAUGUUCCGAUGAUCUGGAGGAAGUGGACGCUCGGUGUAGAUCCUGGUAUUCCUGCAGGAACUAAGUAUAUUUUGGCCUACAAUGAACCGGACAGGGCCGACCAAGCCAAUCUUACACCCCAACAAGCAGCAGAGUUCUGGCCCAAUAUAGAACAACUUGUGAACGGCACCGACAUCAAACUAGACCCAGUUCCGGCGUCGUCUGACUUCGUAUGGCUGGAUCAGUUCUUCGAAAACUGCAGUAACUGCAAGGUCGACUACUUGGCAGCGCACUUUUACUCCUGCAACGAAAACGACAUCUUGGGCUAUAUAAAUCGUCUCUCCCGAAGAUACAAGAACAGAAAAGUCUGGUUGACAGAAUUUGCCUGUCCGACGGCGGAAUACAGCGAAACUUUUAUGGCUAACAUGCUUAAAAGACUUGAAAAGAAUACCAAUGUGUUCAGGUAUGCGUGGUUCACUCUUAGGAAGGUGGAGGAAAUGGGUUAUGCGAGACCAAAUGCUACAAACCUGAUGGAAGUCAACAACGGAACCACCAGCAUCCUGACAACGAAGGGCACGAUGUACAACGAAUACGUUUACGUGGCACCUUAA